AAGGGGAGGCCACGCCCCCUGGCGCCGCGGGCCGCGCUUUUGUCCGGCGGGGCCGGGCCGGGCUGGAUCGGCACCGGGACCGGGACAAGGACCGGGAUCAGAACCGGGACCGGGAUCGGGGCCGGAGCCGCCCAGCGCCGGCCGAGGAGGCGCCGGCCGGGCCCUCCCUACAGGACGCGGCGGCGAUGCUGUGACCUACAUUCGCGACAAGGAGGUCCCCAGCCCGCCGCCACCGCCGCCGGGCCAUGAAGCGACACAAGUGAGGGGCCCGGCGUGCCCGCGGCCAUGGCCAGCCCGGCACCAUGGCUGCGCUGGACACAAACAGAGCUGUCGCGCUGGCACGGCGAGGAGGAGGAGGAGGAGGAAGAAGACGACUUUGAAAGGCGGAUGGACGAGGAUGGGGUCAUCGGCCUGGGGGAGGGUGCCAGGAGCCCCCCGUGGGGUGGCAGUGAGGAGCGGGAGGAGGGGUCCCCGGCAGAGGAGGGGCGAUGGCACCCGCGACAGGAGCCGGCCGAGGAGGACGAAGAGCAGGGCAGCUCCGGGGGGGACGAGGGGCCCUGGGGGGCAGAGAGCGAUGGGGACCCCUACCCCGAGCUGUCCUCUGGGGGCUGCUGGGGCUCGGGCUCCAGCGGCAGCCCCGAGGCGGUGAGGGACGGCCGGGCUCUGUGCCAGCCCCGGAGCUGCAGCACGGACCGGGGGGACACCUCAGGGCUCUCGGACACCAGCCCUAGCCCUCGCACCCCGUCCCGCCAGCACCGGGGCUGGGGCACCACCGGGGACACCAUCGGGGGGCAGAGGGAAGAGUGGAGCCCGAGAGGGAGCCUCCCCCUGCAGCUCUCCUCCGAUGGCCCCAGCCCCGAGCGUGUCCCCGAGCCCCACACAGCUGGCACAGGGAUGGCACCUGCUGGCUCGGCACCCACCGGGCAGCCCCAGGGCGCCGGGAAUGCCCCAGUACCCCGAGGGCACGGCAGAUCCCGAGUGCCCAAGAAAGCAGCGCCCGCGGUGGUGCCCCCCAAGCCCUCCCGGCAGUCGCGGUCCCUGAGCCCCCGGAGGCGAACGGGUGCCAGGGGGACGAAGGAUCCCUCGGGAACGGGCACCGAGGGCACCCAGUACGGCCAAGGGCGCCUCAACCACCCCCUGCCCGACCUGUCCAAGGUGGAGGCGCGGGUGAAGUUCGACCAGAGCUACCGCCCACCGCGGGGCCGGGUGCUGCCCGCCCGCCCCCGCGGCCCCAUCGGCUUCAAAUCCCCGGCCGAAAUCGUCCGGGAGGUGCUGCUGAGCAGCGGCGAUGGGGCGUCCCCGCAGCCCCCCAGCACGGCCGGGCUGCCGCAGGAGUUCAGAUCCCCCAGACAAGCCACGGCGCUGGUGCAGCAGCUCCAGGACGACUACCACAAGCUGCUGACCAAGUACGCCGAGGCUGAGAACACCAUCGACCAGCUGCGCCUGGGCGCCAGGGUGAGCCUGUUCUCCGACCCACCACAGCCCAGCUGCAGCCUCGCCGUGGGCACUGUGGCUACCGGGAGCCGAGUGAUGACCCUGAGCAUCCCGCAGGCACAGACAGCGGCUCUCGGCGUGGCCACAGCCCCGGCCCCGCCAGGUGCAGCUGCAGCCCCGGCACCGUCAGAGCGGGGGGGUUCACCCCAACCUCAGUCCCCUCCUCCACCCGGGGGGGGCUGCCCCACCUGCCCCGGGCCCUGCUGCUGCCCCGGCCCCCGGCUCACCCGGGCCCUGGCGGGACAGAGCCGCCGGCUGCAGGCGCAGGUGGAAUCCUUCGAAAGCUGGGUGCGUUCAGGGACCCCCACAGCCUCGGAACAGCUCCAGAGGAUGAGGAAGCUGAAGGACGCGCAGGAUGCGCUGGAGCGGGAAUACCUGCGGGGCCGGCAGCAGCUCCCGGCGGCUUCGGGGGGGUUUGAUCCUGACCGGGCAGUGGAAGGGGAGAUUUACCGCCUGGGGCUGCGCCUGGAGGGGCUGAAGGAGCGGCUGGAGCCGGGGGGCAGGCGGCAGCCCCUCCCGCAGCCCCUCCUGCAGCCCUGCUGCCCCCCAGCCCCAUCCCCACCACCGGCUGCCCACUCCCCACGUCCCGAGAGCCCUGCCCUGGUGGAGGAUCCUCGGGGGACAGCAGGGGAUAGCGAGAGGGUGUCAGGGGGGCUGCCCUGGCCCCUCUGGCACAAGCAGCGCCAAGUGGAGGAGAAUUUCGAGGACCUGCUGGAGGAGUACAAGCACUUCAAGUCCUUGCCGGAGUCGCUGAGCCUGGAGCGGCUGAGCCUGGCAGAGAGCCGGUCCCAGGAGGAGGUGGAUGCACCCACAGCAGGGGAAGGUGGCCCCAGCAAGGUCCCCUGCAGGACACGGUCGCUCGAGGAGGAGCCCAACCUCCAGACCUUGGCCUUGCACCUCCCGCAGAGAAGAGCUGCGACACUUCCCCCCAGAGGACCCCCAAACCUGGAGGAGACACGGGGCCACCCCUCCCCUGCCACUGCUGAGGAGCCCCCAGCCUCUGCCAAGCCCGCCCUGGGGGUCCCCGGGCCACCACGCGUGCCCCUGUCCCUCGGUGGGACAAGCAGCAGUGCCACCCAGCCCGGGCCCUGCAAGGAGCAGCGCAUCGUGUCCCCAGAGACUGACAGCGGCUUCGUGGGCUCGGAGGCCAGCAGGGUGUCACCCCCCGUGCACACCCCCGAGCACCACCCCCCUGGCCCAGGGGCUCCGGGCUCGCUGGGACCUUCCAUCCCCAUCCCCAGCAGCCUCCGUUCCCCACGGAAGAGAGAGACGACCCCACUUCCCUCCGAGACAGCACUGAUGGGCAUCUACCCCCCGGGGGGCACAGGGGGGCCCCGGCUGCCCCCCAGCAGCCCCUCUCAGAGCAGCUCCCCCCCUCACUGGGCUGAGGGCAGCGAGGUGGGGCCGGACCCCAACGGUGAUAGCACUCACACGGACUCGGAGGUGGGGGACAGGAGCAGUGCCAGUGCCGGUGGCCACCCCCCAGCCAUGGCCAGGAGCCCAACCAGCCCCCUGCCCUCCCCCGAAACGCCAUCCCCCACCCUCCUGUCCCCCGACCUGCCGUUCCUCGACCCGGCUCACUGUGACCUGCUGGGCUCCCGUCUGGAGCGCGACCAGGCCAUCCGGGCGCUGCAAGACGAGGUGUGGCGGCUCCGGCGGAGGCUGGAGGAGAACCUGCUCCGCUCCCGCAGCCAUCCCGAGGGAAAAGCCACUCCCCGUGUCACCACGGCCAGGAGGCAGCCGGUGGCCAGCGCACUAUCAGCCCCGCAGGACGCGGCACCCUCGGGGGAGCCGAGCCCCCCGGUGCGGGGCAGGGCGGCCCCCGGGGUCACACCCACGGGGAAGGAGAGGUCGGCAUCGCUGCCACGGGGCAAGCCCGAGCUGGACCUCGGUCUGGAGCUGGGUCCCAGCGGAUGCCACCCCCCUUCCCUGUCCUCCGCCACAGCCUCCGAGUCAGAGCCCAGGCCCCGGGCACCUCCCGCCCUUCGGAAGCACCUUGGGAAGCCCCCGGGGGCAGUGACAUUCCAGGGACAGUGCACAGGGACACGGUACCAGGCGGGGACACCGCGUGCCACCCCGGCACCCCGAGAAGAGCCAGGCACCUCAGGGUGUCCCCGAUGUCACAGGAGCAGGAUGGCAUCAGCUGCAUCUGGGGGAGGUGCCCCCCCCCGGCAGCCCCAGCACAGCACCCCCAGGAGAACGUCCUGCCCCACCUGCCGGGCACCCACGGGCAGCAGGGACACAGCCACUCACGCAGAGCAUGGCCCUGGUGGCUCCGGUCCCCCAGGUCCCCACGCUGGAGCCAAGAAGCCGGAGCAACCUGGAAUUUGGUACUUGGCAGCCACCCCUGCUGCCACCGUCUGCCUGGCACCCGUCCCCCUCGUGCCUUACGUGCCCUCCAUGCUCUACUGCUCCCCAGCAGUUCCUACCUCAGCCCCAGCCCCGGCCGGGGUCCCCCUCAGUGUCCCUGCGAGUCCCCAGCGGGCAGAGCGUCCCCCCCGGCCCCAGGGCCACCAGCGCUGCCUGAGCCUGGAGCUGGAGGAGCUGGAGGAGCUGAACUGGUGCCUGGGCCGGGCGGUGGAGGCUGCCCAGAGCGCCAGGCUGAGCAGCAGCCGCCUGAGCCGGGCCCUGGCCGCCGAGCUGGGCCGGCCGCGGGGCCUGCGCGGCUCCUGCCUCUUCUGAGGGCCCCUGCUGGCACCCCCAGAGCCUCGUGCCAUGAGAGAGGAGGCUGGGCCCCUCAGUGUCCCUGCACUGCUUGCUGCCUGCCAGACCUGGGGCCAGAGGUGCCUCCAGACCCCCCAUGCCACCAGGAGAGGAGGAUGGGCCCCUCAGUGUCCCUGCACUGCGGGCUCCUUGCCAAACCUGGGGACAGCAGGGCCGGAGGUAUCUCUGGAGCCUCCAUGCCACCAGGAGAGGAGGAUGGGCCCCUCAGUGUCCCUGCACUGCGGGCCCCCUGCCAAAGCUGGGAGCAGCAGGGCUGGAGGUGCCUCCAGGGGGUCCUGCCCUGGCUCCCACUCCCUUCCUGCCCUCCCUGCAGUCCCUGCAUGGCCUGUCCAUCUGUCUGUCUGUCUCCAGGACGCCCCAAGCUGCAGGUGGGGGGAAGGCAGAGGUCUCCAGCAUUCCGCAUCCCCAUCCCCUGGGACCAGCAGGGUGUCCCCCCAGGGCAGUGCCCACCCCACCCUGAGCACUUCUGGGGGUGCUCUGACCUCAUGUGGGUCGACCCCCCCUUGGCAGCUGUGUUUACCUCUGUGUCUGUGUGGGCAGAAUUCCCUGGCAUUCCCUGGCAUUCCCUGUCAUUCCCUGUCAUCCCUUAUUCCACCCCUUUCCAGCCUCCAGGCCUCCUCAGGGGGCUCUGCCCUGUGCCCCCUGCCCUUGGACUUGAACCCAGCAGAAUCCUCCCUGGGGAAAUCUAUUUUUUGUUUAUUUUUAUGUGAAUUUUUUAUCUAGUAAGCAGCUAAAUCACUCUUUGGAGUGUUGAUUGAUGAUCUAUAAUGUGUGUGUGUGUGAUAUAUGUGUAUCUGUAAAUGGAUAUAUCUAGAUAUAGGCAUAUCUAUAUUUAGUUAUAUGUCUAUAGAGAGACAGAUAUAAAUAGAUCUGUGUAUGUCCAGAUCUGUGAUUCUAUAGAUAUAUCUUUCUACAGAUACAUAUAUAUAAAUAUUCUGGUUUGCAUUUCCAGCACAACCCUUAGGGCAUUUGUGGGGGUUUUUUCUGGUCAUCCCUGGAUGUGGCCACCCACAGCAUUAUCCAGGCAGAAAAUAAAAUGAAGGAUCUGAGGUUCUUCCCCUGGGAUCCUCAGGGAAGCUGGGCUGGUGGAGGAAAAGUCUCCUGCUGAGACCAAAGCAGGUGUGGGGCUGUGGAGCCCCUGUUCCUCCCAGCUGGAGGAGGAGUUAAUUCCUAUUUCUGAGGAGUUAAUUCCUAUUUUUUAGGGAAAAGGAUGUGGUCAGGGCAGCUUUUCCAGGGAUGGGUCCAGCCAAACCCCCUGCUCCACCCCCAGCACCUCAGUCUGUGUUUAUCUGUAGGACCUACCUGAAGUGCCAGUGUCAAAUGUAUUUAUUUUUCUUUUAUUUGUUGUACAAAUACCUACAUUUGGACGGGGGGAAUCAGUGAGGGACUCAGGUCUGGAUCCUUCCGAGCUUCCCCUGAGCCUGAUGCUGACAUGAGCCCAGAGGGGCUGGGAAUUGGGCUGUCCUCUCCUCCUUUUUUGGGGUGAGAGGGCUGGAUUUGGGGGAUUUUAUAGAGGUUUGGGGGACUUUAAAAGAGGUUUGGGGGAUUUAAAAGAGGUUUCAUGUGUCUCUGGUUGCCUCUGCUCAUGCCCGUGCCCCAAGCUGGGAGCUGUGACUCCCCCAGCCCAGGCAGGGUGUGAUAGAAAUGUGAUGAAAGUGUGGUUAAUUAUUCCAAAUGCAGUAGCCAGGACCAAAUGUUGUUUUUUUCCCCCUUAUUUCCUAUUUUUUAACGCCCAGCAGAGCCACUGGGAUGGUAUUUUGUAUGAAGAAAUCACCUAUUUUUGAAGGAAAUAAAUGCAGUUGGAUGA